GCGCGCGCACACCGCACCAUGCGCCCACACACACCCGUAGCCGCACACGCGACCAUCCCCCACACUGACGACUAUACCCACACUCAGUGACUAAUUGCAUUUACCUAGACUGAAAGCAACAUAGAUCUCAACAUAAGACUUAUUUUUAUAUUCCCCUAAUUUUAAGUGACGGUUCAGUGGAUUGUUUCAGUGAUAGAAUACUUAGUGAUAACAUAAACAAACUUUUCCCGUGGAUUUUCCAAACUGGAUUAUUUGGCGUGAUCAACUUUAGUGGAUUGUUUUGCUGUUUGUGGUACAAUUCCACUCAUCAAUUAAAGAAUAAUAUGUGAUUUUAAAUUUGAAAAUCACCAACAUUCAUCAAAAUGAGACUUUCAACGAGCGAGGAAGUAGCGAGCACGACAGUGGGCCGCGCGGGCAGCCCUGGAGGCGGCGCGGGCGCUGUGAGCGGAGGCGCGAGCGCGAGCGCGGGCGCAUACGACGUGACGCGCAUGCGCGAGGAGGAGUUCGAAAGGCUCACCGUCUACAUCGUGCCCGAUGUACCGUGCGACCGCGGCGUGCCCAACCGUGCCGAGAAGACGCUCCCCAGAAGCCUCGCGCUCCGACCAUCUGCAGUAUUAUCUACUCCCAACACACCGACGGAAGGUGUUUGGAGUAUAGGAGUGAUUCCACGGGGCACUCGCUUCGGGCCCUUCGAGGGCUCCCGGACACCCAACAAACCCAACGACAAGGUCUCCUGGCGAUACUACUGGAGGGUACAAGAAACUGUCAGACAUCAUACUUAUGGAAAUAUAAAGAUAUUCAAGGAUAGUGACUAUUAUUACCUGGACGGGUCAGACACGAGUGUGGCCAACUGGAUGCGGUAUGUGGCGUCCGCGUACUCGCUCUCAGUGAUGAACCUCGUCGCCUGCCAGCAUCAGGAACACAUAUACUUCUACACCAUCAGGGAUAUAAUGCCAAACGAAGAGCUGAUGGUAUGGUACUGCAAAGAUUUUGCUACGAGGCUUGGCUACGAUAUCGACCCGGAAAGAGCCACAUACUCUAUUUGCAAAGAAGAAACCAUCAAAAAAGCAUACGGCUUGCCGCCAGCUCCAGUUCACCCAGAAAUUGCAUUCAAUCACAUGAAAUACGUUCUUGGACUUACAAACACUAAGGAACUGUUGGAAGCUGAAAUGCCAAAUCGUCGACGGAAACGUGAAGCGAUUGAUAAGCCGUUUCAUGAGAACGCUCCUGCUCUGCCGCGAGAAGAACCACGUAUCAAGAAUGAGAGACCGAUCGCCAGGACAGAAAUAUCAACAAAUGUUAUGCACAGUAAAAUAGAACACCCAUCAGUGGGUGAGCAAAGGCCAUUGACACCUAACGGUUUAAUGCAACCGCCUUCACCUGUGAAAAUGCAUCACAGAGAUAAUCCGACAUUAAUUAUCCAUCAACACAAGGAAAGUACAUCACACGUUGUCAUUCAUCAGUUAGACAAUCCUAGAAUGCAUUGUAAUAGGUCCCCUGCACAAAAUCAACACUUACGAGAUGUGCGUGGACCUUCUCCUAUGGCACAAAAUCAUCAAGAUAAACUAGGAAGCAAAUCUCCUGGAUUAACUCAUUGCGGUGCAGCUCAUUACGAACAUCAACUGACCCCUAAUGAUGGGUCAGUUCGUUCAGACGAGGGCUAUCACAGUAAUGGUUACCAUGAUGAAUUCACGCCUCCAGAAGAUUCUAGUGAUUCUGAUGUUGAAAACUACGUGUUGGAUUGCUCAAAUAAAACAAAUGAGCCCAAGGAAACCGUAAUAGUUCAAAAGAUGGACCAGGACAUGCACCGCAACGAGUACAGAAAAGUCAAGAUAAAAAUGCCAAGAGCAUAUCAAUAUCAAAAUCACAAAGACAUGGAUUGCGAGAGUGAGAAAGAAUUAAUCAUAGCUGAAGAAAUGGUAAAUGUGUCCCCUCAGAAUUUAUCACCACCACGACGCGACCCAGCUACUUCUACAGUGAUCGUGCUAGAAUCAUCACAGAACGCUUUAGUUCCAUUAAACAAGCCCUAUUAUGAGGAAGGCACUAUUUCGCCAACUCCUCCACCCGCGUUCAUGAGAUACUCUCCACCAGACACACGAAUCCUGGAAACUAUUCUCACUGGCAACAGAAUAGAUACUAAUAACAAUGAUCCGAGCCGCAGACAACCAAAUGCCACUCCACCACCAUCAUCGCCUACGGAAAUGGCUUAUUCUUACAAGAAAAGUCAACGAUAUGGCAAUGCUUGCAGUCCGGAUUCGAGCUCUAAUUUAACUCCAUUGCCAUCACUACUGCCACUGCCACAGCAGCUACCGAUACCUAAUGCUGCAUCUAUUUAUUCUUCAUCGCCUCCGCACACUAUUCCACAUACAACAGAAAUUCGUGAAAUCAGAGAAAUAAGAGAGAUUAGAGAAACGCGUUAUGAGAGUCACUAUCCGAAUUAUUCAUACAGCUUGUAUUCUCCGCCAAAUUCUACAAUUAUCACGCAACUGGGUUCCCCGCCCAGUACUUAUUCACCUACAGUGACAUCAUCUCAUCAAUAUGAAAGAUCUCAAAAUGGGCAAAAUAACCAUCAUUAUCCAUCGUCUACUAGCGUAAUUACACUUAAGAACUGUUCACAACUAAGUCUAAUUCAAAAUUCCAACAUGAACAAUCAACUGAUACCUGCACACGGAAGCGUGAGUCCCGACGGCUCGUGCAGCCUGAUGAUGGGCCCGGUGAGCCCUAACUCACAGUCUUCACGGGGUUACAGGAGUUUACCAUAUCCCUUGAAGAAAAAGGAUGGAAAAAUGCAUUACGAGUGCAAUGUCUGUUGCAAAACGUUCGGACAACUUUCUAACUUGAAGGUGCACUUGCGAACACAUUCGGGUGAACGGCCGUUCAAAUGCAACGUGUGCAGCAAAUCAUUCACACAACUAGCGCACUUACAAAAACACCACCUGGUACACACGGGCGAGAAGCCGCACCAGUGUGACAUUUGUAAGAAGAGGUUCUCCUCCACCUCCAAUUUGAAGACACAUCUACGUUUACACUCAGGACAGAAACCUUACGCAUGUGAUCUAUGCAUGCAAAAAUUCACACAGUUCGUACACCUAAAGUUACACAAAAGACUACACACAAAUGACCGGCCCUACGUAUGCCAAGGCUGUGACAAGAAGUACAUCAGCGCGUCUGGACUACGCACUCACUGGAAAACUACCAGUUGCAAACCCAACAACAUCGAGGAAGUCCUCGCCAUCACUAACGCUGCCAACACUGAAUGCAUUGGUUCUGUCGACAAAGACUGCCACGAAAGAGAGGGGCACGAGGCGUACGAGGUACACUCACCGUCGCAGGGCGCGCUGGUGGUGGCCGGUGGGGCGCGCGUGCCGCUGUCGCACGGAGACGCGCUGCUGGCUGUGCACGGGGCGCACGGGGCGCACGCGCACUCCACGACGCCACACCUGGCGGCGCCGGGGCAGGCGUCGCCGGGCACGGGCGCCGCGUACCGGACGCUGGGCGAGCACGACGCACCUCACUACGGUGGCGGCGGCGAGCCGCGCCCUAGUGUCAUCGAGUCGAGCCAGCCGCUCAUCAUCGAGUGCACCUGAGCCGCGGCCGAGCCGCACGCGCCGCUAUCGCGCCGCCUGUUCCCCGCCGCUACAUGUGAUUCCCCGCUUGUGAUCUAUCGAAAGUAUUUGUGUAGAAGACGAUCGUGGGACGAGCUUGCGGUCUCGUCUCGACCAGUGGCUAUGAGAUUACGAUAUGAACGUUAAGUUGUACAUUUGUAAAUUUAUUAGUUUUAAGUGCGACGAGAUAUUAUUAAUAAGUACUAAGUACUUAUGUUAGCCCGUUUGGGAGUAUAUAAUAUACUACCAUAAGCAUUUGAAUACUACACUUAAGGUUUCAGCAGCCUUUGUUUAUACUAAUGCUCAAUUUUAUACAUAAAGUAGAAUUCUAUUGUAAAUAGGAAUUAUGUGACAUCGACUUUAUUUAAUUUAAAUGUUUUUCUAUGUAAUUCAAGUUUCGCCUACAUACAUAUACCUAUUUCUAGAUCUUAAUAAAAGUGGUAUCGAUACAUACUUUUACUCUGUCCGGUUUAGGAUUUGGAUGUUCAACAAACCAUCAAUCAAUAAUCUUCGAUAACAACUUCACCAAAGAGUUCAAACAGCUACCUGUUGUAUAGAAUGCUAAUCGUACCACUCGUUCUAUAUAUCUUCAAACCUUGGUAAAGCAGGCUAUCGUAGAAUUUGUUCUCCGCUUGAUUAUAAAAUUAAUGUUUCGAAAAUAUCAACUGAUUAGUGGUAAGUGCCAAAAGCGCAAUCAUAUUUUUUUAAGUUGACCUAAAGAAACGUUCGUAUAGUAUUUUAAAUCGUUGUUCCUAAUGAUUAAAGGAGAGUAAGCGCAUGUGUGCAUUAAACGUAACUCUAAUAUUGUUUAGAUUAGAAUCGAUGAACUGUGUACAUUUCCCCUACGCUAGAACAAAUGGUGCUUCACAUCGUAGAGUAGUACCGCCCGCGUGGCCGCCGGGCGGCGCCCGCGCACCGCGCCCCGCCUAGCCUGCGCCGCGGGGCCCUACUACGUGUAAUGUUAAUUCACCGAGUCUACUAGUUACUAUUUUAUACUCCAAAUUCCAAGUAAUUAUGAUUCUCCUAUUCGAAAAGGCUGAGAUAAAUUUUAAUACAUUAGUAAUAAAGUUUGGCAAAAAUUAUACAUAAGUACUACUAAUUGGUUUCCAUGAUGUGUAAGCUUUGUGAGUAACCGAGCUGAGCGCAGCUAUAAGUCCAGUUUACACGUGAUGUACACCAACGAUAGCUUUUUGUAUAUUUCUAUUGUUCGUACGAAUAUAAGAUUUUUACAUGCAAUCACUUAUAAAUUAACUAUAAAAUUACCCUGUAUAUUUUAUACCGUUUACACAGCUAUCUAGUAAGUUGAAUUUUGAAUUUGCCGAUGUAAGAUGUAUGCUGUUUACAUGUCAUUACUCAGACGCAACAUUAAUAUAGAAACAUUAUUUCGACGUUACAAUAUUGUUUUCAUUAUUUCAAUGUCGUUACGUUAUUCAUAAUAAUAGAUUUUAUGUGAGUUUCUACGAACAGGGUUUUGAAUACAAAAUAAAUGUUUGAAGAUCAAAUGUUCAUUUCGAUCAACUAAUUAAAUAAUAUAUAAAUUAGAGACAGAAGAGACAGCUUCUUCAUGUUGUGCUCGUAAUGUAGCGAUCCCGAUAGAGGCCGAUUUGAAAUUGUAAAUAAUAAUAUAUUUACUAACAGUAUAGUACUUAGUACUACGUCAAGUAGGCUGCAGUCAUUAUAAUGUUCGAUGUAUUAACUAAAUCCAAGUCUUUAUCGGUAUCUCGAAAUAUUUUUGACACCAAAGCACGUAUUGUUCCUUAGAUAUAGGAUGUAUUUUAAAGGUCAAACGUCAGAUUAGAAACUGCGCAGUUAAUAACUCUCAUCAUUAAAAAUACAAAAAUGUUUGAUGUCAUAAUAAAUAGUUAUUAAAGAUUGCAAUACGUGCAUUCUAGAAGAAAUCUCUUAAGUCUCUGUACUCAUGAGUUGAUGUUGUUUAAUAACUUCUCGCCAUUCCUUAAAUUACUCAGAGUUAUAUAUUUUGUUGAACUUUUAUAGUUAUAGCUACUUUGCGACGUUUUGCUGUACACUCAUUAGUAAAAUUUCUGUGUAACUCGAUAUCACUGUCAGUAAGAUAAUUAUCUCUGUUAAGUGAUUACCUAGCAAUAUUCAUUUUUUAUUUUAGGUAUAUAAAUACUUCAGUUUAAAGUGCUUAAAAUUGUAUAUAAAUUAUACGCAGCGUCAGUCUACCAGCUUUGGACUAAAAUAGUUAUCUUACUGGCGUGAAUGGGAUUUUGUUCAAAGUAAUGACAUAACGUCCACCUUGUCGACCCUUUGGUUCCAUGUAAAUAAUUAUUAAAAUGUUAUUUUUGAAAUUGUCACUCAUUGUGCUCAUUAUAAUAAAGUAUAUAUCAACAUCAAACAAUCUUGUAUAGUAAAAGUUAUAACAUCUAAGGAAGAUCAUACGUAAUAUUAUAAUAAUAUGUACAAAUACCUACUGGUACAGCAAAGUAAGCAAUAUAUCGAUUUAUGUAUAAUAACUUUGGCUAAAUAUUUAUAAUGAUAUUGGACUCGACACGUGCUGUAACGAGUAAUAUUACUAUUCACUCUUAAUGCGCCAAACUUACUACUGUAAAGGCCUGUAAUUUUGUACACUUUGAUCGAUAAUUAUUUUACAACACCAAAUCCAUUAAAACAGGAGUAAAAAAUAUAAAA